AUGCCGGGCAGCGGCCCCAGCGAGAGGAUGACGUGGCCGGGCCCGGCCCUCCCCACGGCCCCCCCAACCCGCCCUCUCUCCUCAGCCCCGGGGACACCGCCCAUCCCGCCCCUCACCCGGACCCGCAGCCUCAUGGCCAUGUCCCUGCCAGGCAGUAGACGGGCCUCUGGUGGAUCCCGCAGGCGCACCUCUCCACCCGUGAGUGUGCGGGAUGCCUACGGCACCUCUUCUCUCAGUAGCAGCAGCAACUCAGGCUCCUGCAAGGGCAGUGACAGCAGCCCCACGCCCAGGCGCUCCAUGAAGUACACGCUGUGCAGUGACAACCAUGGAAUCAAGCCCCCAACCCCGGAGCAGUACUUGACGCCCCUGCAGCAGAAGGAGGUGUGCAUCCGGCACCUGAAGGCCCGGCUGAAGGACACGCAGGACCGGCUCCAGGACCGGGACACAGAGAUCGAUGACCUGAAGACGCAGCUGUCACGCAUGCAGGAGGACUGGAUUGAGGAGGAGUGCCACCGCGUGGAGGCCCAGCUGGCCCUGAAGGAGGCCCGCAAGGAGAUCAAGCAGCUCAAGCAGGUCAUCGACACCGUCAAGAACAACCUGAUCGACAAGGACAAGGGGCUGCAGAAGUACUUCGUGGACAUCAACAUCCAGAACAAGAAGCUGGAGACACUGCUGCACAGCAUGGAAGUGGCCCAGAACGGCUUGGCCAAGGAGGACGGUGCGGCCGAGUCGGCUGGUGGCUCCCCGGCCCGCUCUCUCACCCGCAGCUCCACCUACACCAAGCUGAGCGACCCCGCUGUCUGCGGUGACCGCCCGCCCGGGGACCACCCUGGCACCUCGGCCGAGGAUGGGGUCGACAGCGGCUUCACGGCCAAUGAUGACACCCUGAGCCGGACGGAGGCAUUGGAGGCCAGCAGCCUGCUGUCGUCAGGGGUGGACUGUGGCCCCGAGGAACCCUCGUCUCUACACAGUUCCUUCAGCCUGGGGCCCCGCUUCCCCGCCAGCAACACCUAUGAGAAGCUGCUGUGUGGCACGGAGGCCGGCGUGCAGGCCAGCUGCAUGCAGGAGCGCGCCAUCCAGACGGACUUCGUGCCAUCCCAGCCUGACCUGGACACCAUCCUGGAGAAAGUGACCCAGGCCCAGGUCUGUGGGAUGGUCCCCGAGUCAGGGGACAGGCACCCGGAACCAGAUCCCCACCCCCCGGGGCCCAAAGACCCCAACUCUGCAGUGGUGGUGACGGUGGGGGACGAGCUGGAGGCCCCGGAGCCCAUCACCUGGGGGCCCACCCCACACCGCCCUGGUGCCCACCCAAACCCCAGCCCGUCGGUGAGCGUGGCAUGCCCCGUGGAAGAGGAGGAGGAGGCAGCCACGGCCGAGAAGGAGCCCAAGAGCUACUGGAGCCGCCACUACAUCGUGGAUCUGCUGGCUGUGGUGGUGCCCGCCGUGCCCACAGUGGCCUGGCUCUGCCGCUCCCAGCGGCGCCAGGGCCAGCCCAUUUACAACAUCAGCUCCCUGCUGCGGGGCUGCUGCACCGUGGCCUUGCACUCCAUCCGCAGGAUCAGCUGCCGCUCGCUGAGCCAUCAGGGCCCGAGCGCCGCUGGCACGACCACUGGAGGCAGCUCCCAGCUCUGAGGAGGGCCGGCCUGGGCAGAGGCUCCCACGGCCCAACUACCGAUUGUAGGGGUGCCACCCUCCCUCUCACACCUUCCCCUGGGGCAUCAUCUUAUUUCUUUAGUUUGGGGUUUGGAGGUGGCUUUUUCAGGAUGAUUACCGUAUCAGAGGCUGGGAGUGAAGGUUGGGGGAAGGUGUCCGAAAACUGCGACAGGAGAGAAGGGAAGAGAGACCGAGAGCCAGGAGGCCCGCUGAUCAGACACACUGCAGAGAGAGACAGUGGCGAGGCCCCCACCCCAGCCCCCUGCCCCCCAGGCCCCCACACAGGGCAGCCGCUGCUCAGGAAGUCUCCCGUGUGAUGAUCCAGGGAGGCCAGCCUUGACUUGUCAGCCCAGCCUCCCCAUCCCUGCCCCCAGGUCCUGUCUGUUCCCCUGUGUACCCCAGGCCUUG